CAACGAUAGAAUCGAGGCAAAAUGAAAUAUAUCACGAAAUAUAUAUUUUUAAUCUUGAUAGCACAAUGGCAACUAUUAAUAGUAUUCGCGAAGCUUCGAAUAAGUUUGGACCAGUUCGAAAUUUUAACGAAGGAAUUGAGUUUGGUGUUGAGUGCUUGUAAAAAGAUAGAAGUAAACAACAUUGGUGUUCUAACUAAUUUAAGGACAUUUAUUCAACGAUCUCUAAAGGCGGUUCCUUUAAUUAACGUCAACGACGUUGAUCAUCUCUCGCGAGUUGAAAGAGAUCAAAAUCUGCACACAUUCGUCAUAAUUCCAUCGACUCUUGAACAUUUAGAAAGCACAAUAACGAAAUUAGAACGCACAACCUGGUGGAAUCCAUCUGCACUCUACAUUAUUCUAGACGACAACGUUGCACGAAAUGGUUGCGAAAACGCUCGUCCUUUCUUAAAAACCGCUUGGAAGAAAGACCUGCUAUCCUCCAUAUUCUUUUGUAUCGCAGACCGCAACACCGAAUUCAGAAUGUACACGUUCAAUCCGUUUACCUCGCGAGCACCAAAAUCCUGGCAGAAAAUGAAAGAAAGGAACGAGACAAACAAUCGUGAUCGUUCCUGGACUCUGUUUACCCGAACAUUUCAUCCUGGUCGGACAACCUGCGGCAAUUUGGACUUCGCGAAAACAGGCACACUGGGAGGAUACGGAAUAAAGGGAAUCGGUCUGCACAACCCCCCCAGCCUGACGAUCGAUCUUUCGAAAGGAAGUACGGGCAAGCUGGGUGGUUUCAACGGCAUAAUAACAGAAAUACUGUUGUCCAAGUUGAACGGAAGCAUGACGGUAACCGGGAUCACGAACGACACUCAUUCCUACAAGUUCCUGCAUUUGGUGGCGAAUGGGAAGUACGACGUGUUCCUGAAUACUCAGUACGUGUUCAAUAAGCCGAAUAUAACCACCACUUAUCCCCACGUGAAUUCAGGAAUCAGUAUUCUGACCAGGUAUCCGGAUAACGAGGCGGUAUACGUGAAGGUGUUGAAGUUCAUGAAUCCUAUGUUCAUUUUGUGUUGCGCGGUGGUUGGUGUGGUCACUGUGCUAAUUCUCGAGGUAUUCGUAGGUCGAGGAACGAUCCACGCGAGCUUAGAAAUGACUCGAAUAGCGUUAAACAAUUCUAUGUCACAUUUCCCUGAACAAGGCGCAUUGAGAGUCUAUUUAACCACCGUAUUCCUUUUAUUCAUGCUGACCUCUUCGACCUUCCAGAGUAAUCUGUCUUCUUUGCUCACCUCAUCGAUUCCUAGAUUAACGAUAGAUUCGGACGAAGAGUUGAAGACGGCUGGUUUCGAGAUCUACGCGUAUCACGGAUACAGAAAUGCCGUGUUCGACGACGUGCUGUUCACUCGAGUGAAGAUGGUGGAUCAUUGGGACUGUAGCGAGUACGUGAGGAAAAAUAAGAACGUGGCCUGCGCCGCGGACAGAACCACGUUGCUGAAAAUCGCUUUCGAAAAGAAGCUUCAUCUUUCGAAGCAUAGGAUAAAUACUUUGUUCUCGGCAUACGUGGUACGGCCUAAUUGGCCGUUGAAAGAUAGAUUCACUUCGAUGUUGCUGCAUCUGUCGGAGACCGGAUUGAUCGAUCAUUGGUGGGAAAAGGUGAUGGCCAAAUACGUGCGCAAAUGGUUGAAGAGGACCGAGAAGAGGACUGAGGAUGAGAAGAGAAAUUUCAGCGUGAUGACGUUGAACGAUCUUGAUUUUGCGUUCUACAUCCUCGCGUUUGGGCUUUUCGCGUCCACAUUAAGCUUUCUGAUAGAGAUAUCGGCGUGGCGCCUAAGAGUAACGCUUGAGAGAAGGAAGAAAAACGACUUUCCCAUUUUUCCCUUCACUCUUUGAGAUAUCUUCGUUUCAUUUUAAUUGCUAUAAAAUUUAUUUCUUCAUAGUAUAGUUCGUUCAAGAUUCGGAAAAAACAAUUAUAAACGAUAUAAUAUAAUUCGUAAGUGGAACUAGCGGAAGGAGAUUGAAGAAUAAAUGUUAAUUGGUCAAUAUUGUAUUUAUUCCUUCACUUUAUUUUAAACAAUUUGUUCAUUCGAAGGAUCUCGUAAAUCCCCCGUAAAAUGAAUAUGUUAUAGUAAAUACGUUCCUUUUUACAAUUUAUACCAUGUACACAAUAAUAGCAAUAAUAAUAAUAAUAAUAAUAGUAAUAAUAAUAAUAAUAAUAAUAAUAGUAAUAAUAAUAAUAAUAAUAAUAAUAAUAGUAAUAAUAAUAAUAAUGAUGAUAAUGAUGAUAAUAAUAAUGAUGAUAGUAAUAAUAAUAGUAAUAGUAGUAAUAGUAAUAGUAGUAGGAGUAGUAGGAGUAGUAGUAAUAGUAGUAGUAGGAGUAGGAGUAGUAGUAGGAGUAGGAGUAGUAGUAGUAGUAGCAGUAGCAGUAGUAGUAGUAGUAGUAGUAGUAGUAGUAGCAGUAGCAGUAGUAGUAGUAGUAGUAGUAGUAGUAGUAAUAGGAGUAGUGGUGAUAGUAGUAGUAAUAAUAAUAAUAAAAUUAAUAAUAAUGAUAAUAAGAAUAUAAUGACAAUGAAGGUGAUGAUGAUAACUAAUAAUUAAUAAUUAAUAAUUAAUAAUAAUAAUAAUUGUGAUAAUUAUCAUUAUUAUUAUAAUAAGAUUAAUAAUGCAAGCUUUAAGGCGCAAAACAAACAAAACAUAGAGUAUAAGACAUAGUGAAACCGUCUCCUUUUAGACGACGAUUAUUUAACUAUCUUUUUAUGUACGCAAUUUACAAACCGUUUGUCAGCUGCGCAUUAAAUCUCUCUCUUCCUCUAUCUUUCUCUCUGUCUUUCUCUCUCUCUCUCUUUUCCCCCCUCUCUUCACUCCUAUCCAUUUUAUCUCACUUUUAUAUAUAUAUAUAUAUAUAUAUCUCACUCUUGCUCUCUCUUUCUCUCACUCUUUCUCUCUCUCGCUCUCUCUUUCUACAUCACUUCCUAUCCUCUCUUUCGUCCUCCUGUAUAUUGUUUACCGUGUUUAUGAUAUUUAUUCCUUUUUUUUUUAUCAUUAUUUCUCUUGUUUAGCAAAACAAUUUCAUUCUCUCCCUCUCUCUCAAUCCAUUUAAGCUGAGAUUACUAUAAAAUAGAUAAAAAAGCCCUGCUCGCAAAAUAUUUUGCAAAUAUAUAUAGAUAUAUAUAUGUAUAUAUAUAUGUAUAUAUGUAUAUAUUGUCACGGUCUUCUUCCCCGUCCUGUCUCGUCUCGUCUCGUCUCGUCUCGUUUCUCUCCAUUUUUUCAUCCCUCGUCCCUUGGCCCGCCAAUACGUUUUCAAAAUCGGUCUCGAUAAGAAUCCGUCCGUUAGCGUAUCCGACGACGUAUCGUAUAUCAUAGAAUCGUCCAUCGUCGCGAUUCCUCGCGUUUCCGUUUCAAGAGGAUCCAACGAAGCGGAAAGAAAGAGAAGACCUCUCUUGCUCUCGAGUCCCCGCGAUCGAUCAGAUUUCUCACACCCCUCGUCCCGCGCGAUUCGAUCGGGCUCUGCAAACGCGAUCGCUUGCACCAUAUUCCAAUAUUUGUUCGCUCCGAUCGUUUUUUCUUCUCCCCCCCUCAUUCUUUCUAUAUUUUCUUUGUUUACCGAUAGAAGUGAUAGAGAGAUUCGAUAUAUACAAACGACAGAAUCACCGAUCGAAGAGAGAGGGUUCCAAACCGAUCGGUCGAUCGCGUGAUUGUGCGUGGCAGCUUCUCACCGAUUUUUGGUCUCCUUCGAUUUCUUUUGUCCCAAACUCGGUUUGUUUCCUAUCAAAACGCAGCAAAUAAGGAUUAAAUAAGGAUUGAAUCUUAUUCGUCUUCGACGUGCAAGAUAUUUUCAUUGCUCCUAUCUUGUCAAUGCAUUUUGACCGUUCUUUUCUCUUUCUGGUAGAGGGGUGGUUGGAUCGAUCAAUCUUUCUCUCUCUCUCUUUCCGCGUGCAACACGAAUCCCAGCGCCUCUCAGCCUUCCGCGUCAAUAAAUACAAUAAUUAAUCGAUCAAUCAAUUAUUAAUAAUUAAAAUAAAUAAAAAGCAAGUAAGUAAUAAUCUUUCUUUAAGCGAGUUUGGUCUCUCCUUGGUGCAGUUACCAUUCUAUCCUUUAUUGCUUCGUUCUGUCACUUCUUCUCUUUGUCCCUUUCUCGCACGUAAACUCACUCGUUCCCAUAUACACACAUACGGUACACAUAUACGCACACACACGUGUUCCUUUUACUCACUUCUCCUCUCUUCCUCUAUCUCUCUUUCUCUCCUCGUCACAUUCACGCGCACAUUCGCCACUACUAUCCCCUUUCGAAUCCCGCGAAAUCUCUCUCUCGAAUGCUCUCUUGUUUGCUCGUUUCGUUUGCUUGUCUGUCUGGCCGUCCCUUCGAGAUGAAUCUCUGUUCAAGCGUUGCUUCGAUCGACGCGCGAUUUCAAUUCGCCCGCCAUCCGAACGGGACUCUCACGAGUGAAGGGUAGGCGUUCUACUUCGGGAACGAGACAGACUAGAGAGUACCGCUCUGCUAGAGCGUCGUUCGAAAGUAGAUACGAACAUACGUAGCUUAGCACAGGUCUUUUCCUUUUCCUUUCCGGGAACUAUUGCGACGACGUUUGAGGAGAAAAAAAAAAAGAAAAAAAAAAAAAAAGAACUACCCUUCGAAUCGUGAACAGAGUCCAAAACGUGCGCGCGCGCGCCGAUCGAGACUCGCGACUAUGUUUAACUAAUUAAUAAAUUGCUUGUGCAUUGCGCUCGUUGCUACUUUUAGUAGUGAAUCACGGCUCCUCGUCACCGUGAACGCGCGAACUCUCCCGCCCACUCCUCUGUCCCUUCUACCCCCUCCCCUGUGCACUGUUCGUAUCGUAUUACAAAUAAGUAUAGGAGUACCGAGCUCGGCUUUGCCUCGUCCUUGCCGCGUUUCUUUCGACGAGGAUGAACGAUUCUUUGUAAACAAUCGGAUCGGGGAUCGAUUCGAAUUUUCGAAAGGGAUUUGGCAGGAGAGUUCUUCGUCGAAGUACGGAACGACGCGUUUACGAAUUAGGUACUAGAUACGCGAUGCACGACCGUAUACGAGAGUAUAGUAAAAUAUAUAAUGUGAUCGUAUUAAUACUAUUAAUACAAUAAUAUAUAAUUAUGAUUGCAUGUGUGUGUCUAUGCUUACAUAUAUAUAUAUAUAUAUGCUGGUAAGUGGAUGUCCUCCUGUACGUGUGUACGUGUCGUGUACAUGGUUUCUUUUUUUGUAUGUAUACAUGUAUAUGAAUAUAUUACAGUUUUUUUUUUUACGGCGUAGCGGGUAAAGAAGACAGAAAAAUCAAACAGUUGAAUGAGAAAUGAACUUUUUCGAGAUUAUUAUAUGUGUAUAUCAUACAUAUGUAUAUAUAUACGCUCGACGUAUCUUCUUUCAAUAAUCGAAAAUCGUUUCUGCUGCUGUAUUAGGUACAAUAUACAAUUGUCAUUGCGACAUGCAUUGUUUAACCGUUCCUUCCUUCUCUUCGCUUUUUUCUCUUUUCCAAAUUCUCUCUCUCUCUCUCUUCCUUUCUCUCUUUCUCAUUCUUUCUCUUACACGGACACACAAUCACACACAUAUAAUACGCGUUCCUUUUUCUCCUUCACUUGUUUUCCUUAUCUCGAACUCUCGCCCCACAUUCAUUCCUAUAAAUAUUCCUUGAUAUUAUCAACGAUCAUAGUACCAAUAAAUCAAUAAUAAUAUUAAUAAUAAAGAUAUUAAUAAUAAUGACAAUAUAUAAUAAUAUAUAUGUAAUACAUAUAUAUAUAUAUAUAUAUAUAAAUAUAUAUAAAAUAUAUAUAUAAAAUAUAUAUAUAUAUAUUUAUCGAUAAAACUCUCUCUAAACCCGGCGUAGCGAAAGGCUCACAUGACCUGGUGUGAAUCGAUCUUAGGUUGAUCGAUACAAAAAAAAAAAAACAAAAAAAAAAGAAAAAAGGAACAAAAGUCAUAAAAAGGAAAGAAAAAAAAAAACGGAACCACAAAAGAUAAACACGUAUAGUAUUCGAAUACGUAAUCUCUGCCUCCCUAUUAAACGAAUUCUUCAAUCGUAUCGAUAUCGGAAAGGCAGCACCAUUUGCUACUCGUUCGUUUCUUCGAAAAUCGUUAGGAACGUGGAACUUGCCCUUCCUCCCAAAAAAAGAAAGAAAAAAAAAAAUAUCUCUUAACGCGAUGAUCUUUUAAGAAUUUAAUAAUAAAAUAACUACAAAAGAAAAAAGGAAGAAGAAAUAGUGUAAAGAAGCAAACUAAUCCUAAUGAAGAAAUGACUAAAUGAAGAUUAUCGUUAAAAGGGAGGGGAAAAAGAAAGAAAGAAAGAAAGAAAGAAAGAAAGAUAAUAAAUAUUUAAAUAAUGUUGAAUAAUAUUAAAUAGCGACGCGAUCGAUGAACGUUGCACCACGCAGAACACCAACCUUGUAUGCAAAUAAUUUCUCGAUAAAAGCACGGACACGUUCGAUUUCAUUGCAACAGCCGAAUUGCACGAGUCGCAAAGACCAUCAUUUUAUUUAUCUCGGCUCUACUAUAACUCUCGUUUACACUCGUUUCUAUUUUAUUCGGAACAGAAUGACGAGACCGAAGGGCCUGAUAUUAUACGAUAUCCGCUAUAAAUAUGUGUCUCGAAAAUAUCAAAACUUUUUUUUUUUUUUAAUAGAUCUCUUUUUUUAAACUCUUUUAUCCUUCAGUCCGUGUGCACGCGCACACGAGGUAUAAAAUUGUAUCCCGUGAACCAUUGGACCGCGCUUAGUAACUCUAUAUGGGUCCCCCUAAGUCUCGUCAACCCUUGUUCGAUCCCUUUGUCACGGUUCCAGCCUUUUUUCCGCCAUAUUUGCUUCUUUCAUUCCUCUUUUCUUCCUUUUUAUCUCUCUAUUUAUUUUCAUUGCUUUCUCCUCUCCUGUAGAAAAGUAUUAGCAACGAACUGGCCGAUACAAUUUUAUUAAACGUCCCCUACGAUUUACAUUGGUCCAAUUUCUUUCUCCUUCUCUCCAUCAUUUUUGUCUCUCUUCUCUCUCUCUCUCUCUCUCUCUCUCUCUCUCUCUCUCUCUCUCUCUCUCUCUCUUUCUCUCUUUCAUACUCUCACUCUCACUCUCUUUCGAUAUUAUCGUUAUAAAGAUUAACGAAAAGAUUACACGGAAGAUUCAAAAUUUAAUUCAAUUUAAUUUCGAUAUGUUUGACUAAUUGUCCAGAUAAAUUAUUAUUAUUAUUAUUCGUUACAAUUCUGGUCCAAGGAAUGAUUAAACAUCUUUCGAAUGCUCGCGCGCCAGUUAACUUACUGCUAAAACUUUUCUUUCUUCUCUUCCGUUUUUGAUCUCCUCGUUACAAUGAUCGUAUAUCAAAUCGAAUUCGCUGUUUUAUCGAGAAAGACAAAAAUACAUUUUCUUUCUUAUAUUUUUUUUUUUUUGUUUUCCUUUUCUUUUUCCAUUUCACAUUCAGACCUCGUAUACUUUAAACCACAUUCCAUCAGCUGCGAAAAUAUAGGAAAAUCGCUAAAUUGCGUGCGCAUCUUGCGACAUAACGGUUGUUUUUUUUUCUUUUUUCUUUUUUUUUCUUUUUUUUUUUUUGUUCAUUUUGUCAGUGACAGAACAACGAAAACACAAGAAAGCGUAUCGAAGAAAUGCGACAAUCGAUUCGAAAGAGGCGGAUGAAAGGUGGUCGAUCGAAUCGAACAAAGUAAUAGAAAAAAGAAAAAAAGAAAAAAAAAAGAAAAAAAUAACAUAAAAGAAAUAUGUAUACAUAUAUAUACAAAUAAAGACUGAAGGUAACACAAGCAUUUAUAAAGAAUCGAAUUCGGAAAAAACCUUCGGGACAAA